ACUGGGAGUGGGUUCUCAGGGCUCAGUGCUCACCAGCGCCCUUCAGGGAGGGGGCCUUGCACGGAGCCCAGUGCGGCUCGCAGUCUGCAGGAUCGCCCCUGAGCCAGGGCACGCGGGGUCGGGGAGGCUCCUGACCUGAUUAUGGGAGAGUGCGGCCGGCCCCACACGGAUUCGGGACCCUGGGAGUUCCUCGAGUUGCAUUCAACACCCUUAGCGAGCCGGGCCGGAGUCCACUCCAGAAGCUGAGCAGCCAUGACAUUCGCUGAGGACAAGACCUAUAAGUAUAUCCGCGACAACCACAGCAAGUUUUGCUGUCUUGACGUUUUGGAGAUCCUGCCUUACCUGCCCUGCCUCACAGCCAGUGACCAGGAUCGACUACGGGCUUCCUACACACAACUAGGGAACCGAGACACACUCUGGGAACUCUUCAAUAAGCUCCAGAGACGGGUUGGCUGGGUAGAGUUCUUCAUCCGGGCACUGAGGAUCUGUGAGCUGCCUGGGCUGGCUGACCAAGUGACUCGAGUGUAUCAGAGCUACCUGCCUCCUGGGACUCCGCUCCGCUCCCUAGCCCCACUGGAGUUACCAGUAGUUACUGCCACAACUUCUGUACCGUCUGCUACUCCAAGCCACAGCAUCCCUGACAAUGGCUACCAAGAGAGACCAGGCUACCCCAGACCUGUCCAGGAUACCCAGCCACCAGAGUCCCCAGGAGAGAGUUUAGAGCAAGUCCCACAGGCCAGCCUCGGGGCCAUCCCGAGGAUGUCUGGAGGCUCUUUGAUGCCCUCGUCCAACCUGCCAGCUGUCAGCCCUCAGCCUUCCGCAGAGUAUCAUGGUGAAGAGCCAGAAGCGGGUGACACCUCCACAGCAAGUGUUGACUCCAUACCACUCCAUGGACCUGUGUCUCCAACUGUUUCCUUCCAGCCUCUUCCACGUACCACCGUGCGGACAAGCCGCUUGCCUGGGGUCACGGUAUCAGUUCCGUCUCCUGAGACCUCCUUGUCUUCCUCUUCCACUGGAUUGGCUUUGGCAAAGGGAGCUGGAGACCAGGCCAAAACUGCCACAAAUUCUGUGACCACCAGCUCAGUGCCUUCUACCAAAGUGGUACCAGUGACUACUGUGUCUUCCAAAGUGUCCUCCAAGUUGCCCAUCAGUACAAAGUCCACUGCUGCAAUGCCUUCUGCUGUGCUCACCAAUAUAGCACCGUCAAAGUUACCCAUCAACUCAGUAUAUGCUGGCACAGUGCCAUCCAAAGUGCCUGUUAGUGUGGCCAAAGCACCUGCCAACGUACUGCCACCCAAUAGGAUCAACAACCAAGCCAAGGAGACCCUAGAGACUCCAGCAACCACAGUCACCACUAGAAGCAGCUUGCCCAGACCAGAUAGCAGUUCGAGGAGCUUGCACUCUGGGCCAGAGAUGGGCAAACCAGGUGUGCUGUUGUCCCAGGUGGAUGAGCCAUUCUCAGGAUGCUCUAUGGACCUUGCCAUCAGCCCUAGCAGCUCCUUGGGCUCUGAACCCAAUCGUGGUCCAGAGGAGAGUGAGUAUUCAUCCUUUAGGAUCCAGGUGGAUGAGGACCCCAGUGCUGACCUCCUGGCAGGAAAUCCUGGGCCACUAGCCACCCAGGAGCUCCCAGAAGACGAAGAGCUUUGUGCCAGUCAAAUAUCCUGGGUCAAGUGGCUCGGGGCAACCGGUGCACUCUUGGCUGCGUUCCUGGGAGUGAUGCUGUACCGUAGUAGGCACCUGGCCCAAUGAAGCCUCAGCUGCGUGCCGUUCGCUGGCCCAGUUCCGCCAAGCACAGUCUCUAGGCUCGGGCUGGUGGAGGCUAAGUCAGGGGAACUUAGAGAUGGUGAGGUUCAUCAAGCUAUCUGUGUGGAAGCUGCACCAAGGCUCCAUCCACUGUGGAGUAGGGGAGAGACAUUCUUUCUAUCCUAGUUCAUGCCAUCUUCUGGUCUUUAGCUUUUUGGGGUACUAGAAUACCUCCACUGCUUCUGGCCUUCCCACAUGGCCGUAUAGGAUUUCGUGUGAUGUGCUCCUAAGGAGCUGUCCCCAUCAGCCUCAUCCGUGUUGGCCCAAGCCUGAAGAUCAGGAGGCAUCACACUUCUGUGGACAGCGCUCCUCAUCCUGCCCAGGCCUCUUGAAACACAAGCACAGGUGUAUUUGUGAGAGCUCCCGUAACAUCUUGUGCCUUCCACCAGCAGCCUGGCCUAAGGCCUUGGUACUAGAGCCUGGGAGCAGCAGAGUGGCUGGUUCCUAGGGAGCUUUGAAUCCUGUCUCUCUGGUCCCCCUCCACAGCUAGGCAACCCUGAGGGAAGGUCUGGCGGUUCCCUGUGGACCCUGAGAAAGCCAGAAGCAGCUGCCAGGCCUGAGGAAGACGCUGGGAGCCCUGCUCCAGCCUCCUAACCCCACCUCUUCACCUCCUCCCUCCUGGUCUCCAUUCUCUUUGGUUUCCUACCCAGGAUGAUGGAACACCUAGUGGGCGGAGCUCAGGCUGGGCUUGAAUUUCAGUUCCCCGCUUCCUUUGACCUUAGCAGAUGUUUACCUUCUGUAGUCUUUUCCCAGUGUGGACAGUGAGGCCUUUCACUGGGCUUUUCUGAGACUGAAGGACAUAGAUAUUUACAUAGUACCUAGCCCAGAGGGUGUGACUACCAAGUAAUUACCCUCCUGCCCAGCCUGGUUGAACUAAGGUGAGCUUGAGAGGCAGAGUACAUGGUGGUAAUGGUACACUCUUUGCCUCUGAGAGAAUAGCUUUGGCCUACAUAGUGCUUCUGUCUCUCUCUGGCCCUGUGAUCUCUGACAAAGUGUACACCUCUGGGCCUCACUUUUCUCUCCUGUGAGAUGGGGCAAAUAUGCAUACAUAUGUGCUACUGCAUUCUAAUUUUAUCAAGAUAAUUAAAUUAAAAGAAUUUAUCUGUGAAAA